UGUUCGGGUGUGGCCGGUGCGGCAGGUGCGGACUGGACAUCGGUCCUCAGGAGCUGGUGAUGCGGGCCCGGGAACACGUCUACCACCUCAACUGCUUCAUCUGCGCCUUCUGCCACACACAGCUGCAUAAAGGAGAUCACUUCGGCAUGCGGGACGGUGUGAUCUACUGCAGGCCUCACUAUGAGAUCAUCUUACAGACCACCGACGCUGAGUUGGAUGGCAUCCCAGGUGAGUGGAGAAUGACGAUCGGGAUCGGGGGGCCCCCGAUGGGGGUGGCUGGCCUGCCCCCCGGUCUGGGGGGUUAUCCCCCUCUCUCCCCCGUGGGGUCCCGUCUAUUUUACAACGGCGUCGGAGCCGUGCAGAAAGGGAGGCCGCGAAAACGAAAAUGUCCUUCCGACGACAUGCAGCCCUUAACGCCCCUACCUCCUGGAUUAGAACUGAUCGGGCCGCCCGGCGAACUGACUUUGGACUCAUUCCGUUACGAUCACCAGAACCAGGGUCCCCCGGGCCAUAAUAGAACCAAAAGAAUGAGAACUUCCUUCAAACACCACCAAAUCAGAACCAUGAAGUCCUAUUUUUCCCUCAACCAGAACCCGGACGCGAAAGAUCUCAAACAACUCGCUCAAAAAACCGGUCUUUCCAAGAGAGUUUUGCAGGUUUGGUUCCAGAACGCCCGAGCAAAAUGGAGGAGAAACAUUUUGAAACAGGAGCACGACCGGCACGUUUCAGAUAAGUUGAAGGAUCCUUCCUCGCUUCUUGGGGAGCUUCGGUCCGUCGAGAGCCUCGGUGGCCCGCUGACCGACAUCUCGGGCUACUCCAUGUCUUCGGGAGACGAGGCGUCCUCCACCAUGUCCUUCUCAGACAUGUGCAGCCAGUGAUAUGUCCUCGUCUCAACCGUAAUAGUUACGUUAUUUCCUUUAAUAAUACGCCAGAAAUAAAAAGUGAAACAAGAUGUAUGGAGCCAAUAUUUUAUAUAAUAUGGUGCAUUGCGUUGUCAGUGCUGCUC